AUGGUCAGCUGUCGUACUCCAUCACCUGAUACCAUGGCACAAACCUCUUCAAGCAAGCACACUGUCUGUCAUGUUAUGUCAUAUAAGCUCAUGCCCCGCAUGCUUGAAGGUUGGUCUGUACUCAUGAAUACAGAGGAAGAGCCACCUGCUCAUCAUGGAGUAUAUGCUCCAUCGCCGCGGGCAUCCAACUUUCCAACGCACUCUUGGAGGGACGACGACAAGGUUAUUGACAGCGAGGAUGAAACGAUAGGAUAUAGUAGCCGCUCUAGUGAAUAUAGUGACACAGAUCGGAGCAUCCUGAAUGACUUCCAACUACAGAACACAGACCCAGCCAGUACUCCGAAACCCCCCAUUGAUAGUCAGAUACCCGAGUCUAUGGAGAAUGUUUUCAUACUUUCAAGCCCUGAAGCUCUAUAUAGGCAGCUGACUACAGAGCCUAUCAUGAGUGGCAUCAAAGAUCAGAUUCCGACGAAAGCGUCUUCAUCAUUGACCACUGAUACUCCGAUGGGGAACUCAGCUAGCUCUCUACUAGGACACACGAUGGACAAUCUCGAUACUCACAGAAAGAAUAACUCAGCCGGUCCUUCAGAGGGAUCAGAUUGUCUGGCAGAGGAAUUAGGACGUCCUUCUGAGCGACCAGGAUAUCAUUCGAAAGGAGGGCAUGCUUCGGAGGGGUCAGGACAUCCUUCGGAGGGAUCAGGAUGUCCUUCGGAAGGAUCGGAUCCCCUGAAAUGGUUUCAAAGCAUUGUUAUUGUUGAUGACCUUCAACUCUCCCGAAUUUUGUUCAAGGCGGGUGCUCUGAUUUACCUGCUCUUCCUAAUCAGAGCGCUCCAGAAGAUCUAUGCAAUGUUUUGGAACCAACCCCUUGCUGUUGCUGUCGGAAGUCUGAUUUGCAGUAUUGUAUUGUUCAUUCUCAUUCAAUACCAUCCCCCGACGCAGGUCCAACUCAAAGUCACUAACAAGUUCGAAAUUCCACAAGUUGCAGUUGAUGCUAUCAUCUUUAUAGGAUCCUUCACAUGCGUCUCAUUCGUGUUACAGAUGAUUCUCAUUAUCGGAGAGUUAGUAGCUUACUAG